UCUUGCCUGCCUAGCAUAGCUAAGCCCUGCUGUUGAGGGUGGUGGGCUGGGGUGUCCACUACAGCCUUGCCUCUGCUGCCCACCCCUAACAAAGGAGUCAGUCUGAUCCCCCCCCCCCCCCCCGUCAGCCUGGUAGAGGGGGUGACAGCCCCAGUGGGUGGCCUAAGGCUUCUGGGGGAGGGAGGUCUCACUGACUCUGAGCUUCCUGUUAGCAGCUGGGGGCCCCUUUUGGUCCUUCAACUCUGUUAUCUCCUGAACAUGUCAUUUUGACUUCUCUGAGGUCAGCCAGCCCCUGAGGACAUCAGCUUCGGCCUUAGGGUCCUAAUGGCAGCAGAACCACUGACAGAGCUGGAGCUGGCCAUUGAGACCGUGGUCACCACCUUCUUCACCUUUGCGAAGCAGGAGGGCCAGAAGGGCAGCCUCAACACCGCUGAGUUUAAGGAGCUGGUUACCCAGCAGUUGCCCCAUCUGCUCAAGGACUGGACCCAGAGCUGGCUCCCAGGAGAUUCACAGACCAUCACAGCUAGAAGGACGCCAAGAGAAAACACAGUCCACAUUUCUCACUUCACAUAUAUGGCCCCUGUGCAAGGAUGACACACAAAUUUGUGA